AUGGCGCCUAUGGAAAAAGGAUUCAGUUGGAGCAACAUCGCGGUCGGUGCCACGAUGAACAUGGAAGUAACGACCCUCGGUCAACCCCUCGAAGUCCUCAAGACCCAGAUGGCAGCCAACCGUCAACAGACCAUGCUCCAGGCGUUCAACACCGUCCUCUCCCGAGGAGGUAUCAAGGGGUUCUACCAGGGUCUGAUCCCCUGGGCUUGGAUCGAGGCUUCUACGAAGGGUGCGGUGCUCCUCUUUGCCAGUGGAGAGAUUGAGACGAUGGCCAAGGAGAAGUUUGGGCUGGGUGGUGCUGGGGCCGGGUUGUUGGGGGGUAUGGGAGGUGGAAUUGCUCAGGCUUAUGCUACGAUGGGUUUCUGCACCUGCAUGAAGACGGUGGAGAUCACCCGACACAAGCAGGCCGCCGCCGGAGUCGCUCCUCAGGGUACCUUUUCGGUGUUCAUGGACAUUUACAGGAAGGAGGGUAUCGCCGGGAUCAAUAAGGGUGUCAACGCCGUCGCUGUGAGACAGAUGACCAACUGGGGUAGUCGAAUGGGUUUCGCUCGUCUUGCCGAGAGCGCGAUCAGAAACGUGAGGGGAAAGAGGGAACACGAGCAGUUGGGUGCUUUGGACAAGAUCGCCGCUGCUAGUAUCGGAGGUGCUUUGGCCACCUGGAACCAGCCUAUCGAGGUCGUCCGAGUCGAGAUGCAAUCCGCCAUGAAGUCCGCCGACGCCGUCCGAGCCGCCCAGAAAAAGACGAUCGCCAACACGCUGUCGUACAUCUACAAGGAGAACGGGAUCAAGGGAUUGUACAGGGGUGUCACCCCAAGGAUCGGGUUGGGAAUCUGGCAGACCGUCUGCAUGGUCUCGUUUGCGGAUUACGUCAAGGCUGCCAUCAAGGGUACGCCAGUCCCUGUUCACGCUACCUUGAAGAAGUAG